CUCCCUCUGCUUCUCUUCUCCUACUUAAGAGCUAGCUAGGUGUUGUGGAUGGGAUCAGCAAGCAAACCACACUCAUUUCCUCCUCCCUACCAGUCCCGUUCCUGCAGGAUAGCGCGGCUACAUCCAUCGGCCCCAGAGCUUGCCCACACCCACUAUGAGUCGAUCAGGCGGUGGAGGUCCAGGGAGGGGACCACUAGGUGUGGUGAUUGUGUAUGCAUUUGACCGCAGCACCUCGACCGUGGCUUGGGAUAAGGUGGACAAUGAGAUCUUUUGGAUGGUGCAAGAGAAACUCACCCAUUUCACGGAUACCUGGCUUGGCUACACAUAUAUUGCGUCGAGCCCUAACAAGUACACAUCUGAUAUGAAAUUAGUUGAUUCUACCGAGAUAAAGGCAAAUGGGUAUAAAGAAAGCUCGGCAUGGAGGAGGAUUGCAGUCACGAAGGACAUGCCGUCUGCACUCUCCCAGGCACAUAAAAUGAUCAAUGAUCAAGGGGACUUGCAUGGCAUCAUCUUAUUCUUCUCCGAUGGGUUGAUUAACAAGGGUGCCUUCUUUGAUGGGGCUGAGGAAUUCAUCUCAAAAGUGCCUGUGCACACGUUUACUCUCAGCGGGGAUGCUUAUAACCAUGUUCUUCGUGCCAUUGCAGCAAAUUCCCCAGGUGGGACUUUCAGCCCUCUCCAAGUUCCGGACAAGCCGAGUCUAUCACUGCCCUUCUCGCAAGUGCUGGAUAGCAUCCUUAAUGGCACCAAGCAUCCUAGUACCAAUUCAGGGAGGCGGCCCCUGGAUGUGGUUCUUGUGUAUGCAUUUGACUGCACCACUACCCCAAGCCCGGCUUGGGACAAAAUGGAACAUGAGAUCUUUUGGUUGGUGCAGGAGAAGCUGAAGCACUUUGCAGAUAGUUGCCUCGGCUACACAUAUGUCAUGUCGACCCCUAACACAUGCACGUAUGAUAUGAAACAAGUUGACCUUGUAGAGACAAAGUUAACUGGCUAUGCAGGGAGCUCGGCUUGGAGAAAGAACCCAUGCACAAAGAAUAUGGCGUCUGGCCUCCCCAUGGCACAUAAACUGAUGAGCGAUCAUGGGCACCUGAAUGGUGUCAUCUUGCUCUUCUCUGACGGGUUGAUUAACAAGGGUGACUUCUUUGAUGGAGCUGAAGACUUCAUCUCCAAAGUGCCGGUUCACACAUUUACUCUUGCUGGAGGUGCAUAUAACCAUGGUCUUCGCGCCAUUGCAGCGAAUUCCCCGGGUGGGACGUUCAGCCGCAUCCCUGUUCCAGACAAGCCAAGUCUAUCGGUGCCCUUCUCGCAAAUUCUAGAUAGCAUCCUUAAUGGCACCAAGCUUUCUCCAGGGAGGUUGCCACUGGACGUGGUGCUUGUGUAUGCAUUUGACUGCACCAUUACCCCAAGCCUGGCCUGGGACAAGAUGGAACAAGAGAUCUUUUGGCUGGUGCAAGAGAAACUCACCCACUUCAAGGAUAGUCGUCUCGGCUACACAUAUGUCAUGUCGACCCCUAACACGUACACGCAUGAUGUGAAACUAGUUGACUCCAAGGAGACAAAGACAACUGGUUACUCCGCAAGCUCAGCUUGGAGAAAGAACCCAUGUACGAAGAACAUGGCGUCUGGCCUCCCCGUGGCACAUAAACUAAUGAGAGACCAUGGGUGCCUGAAUGGCAUCAUCUUGCUCUUCUCCGACGGUUUGGUUAACAAGGGUGACUUCUUUGAUGGAGCUGAGGACUUCGUCUCCAAAGUGUCGGUGCACACGUUUACUCUCGCAGGAGGUGCAUAUAACCAUGGUCUCCAUGCCAUGGCAGCGAAUUCCCCAGGCGGAGUGUUUCACCCUGAACCAGUUCCUAAUAAGCCGAGUGAAUCGGUGUCCUUCUCGCAGCUGCUGGAUAGCAUACUCAUCGCUCCAUGAAAGUCAGCUAGUCCAAGCUCUCAAUCCAGGGAGAAAUUCACAUGCCAGGGCUCGUCAUAAAAUGAAAUAAACUGCGCUGCACUGCGCCUUUGUCCAUUUCCAAUUUAUUUUUUUCCGUAUCGAGUUUUGUUGGAAUUACCGUUGUUGUUAAGCCGCAACUUAAUCAUUUAUAUUUGUGUUCACGGCGCAAGUGUGAUGUGUGUGUACUUUUGUUCAUGUGAUUUCACUCUCUGGGCAAAUCUACUGAACACUAGCUAGUUCCCGGC